UGGCAAAUACUGUGAUCAGAUAAAAAAUAGAGAGACAAAAGAAGAUUGUUGAAGCGCAGGCGCCGGGGGCGUGUUGCUAUCAUGAGACCGGUGCUGUCGGCACCACCAACGGCGGUCGCCGAGGCUGCUGCUUUUAGCUUACCCUUCGCCCCUUCUCCCGCCUCUACUUGCCACUCUCUAUGCGGGCUGUCUAUUCUGCGCCGCCACGUGCACCCCACGCUUAUCCUCUCCCCUCCUCCAAUUCCUCUGGUUUCUUUUUCUUCUUUUCGGCGGUGUUCUAUUGCGGAUCCCCCAUGGCGGCUUCGCUCGCCUUCCGUAACUCGCUCCAAUUCGGGAGUUUCCCGAGCGGUCUCGGAUGCCGGCGGCGGCGGAUCAUUCUUGCAGGACGCCGGAGCCACGGUGUUGGUCUUGGCCGGUGCUUAUGCUCUCGUCUUCGUUUUCGAUAUUCUCACCAAACGCAAUCUCAUCGAGCGGAGUUUGAGCAGAAAACUGGUUCAUGUGUUGUCUGGUCUACUUUUCAUGGCUUCCUGGCCAAUUUUCAGUACCUCAAUGGAGGCUCGCUACUUUGCUUCCUUUGUUCCUGUGGUGAAUUGCUUUAGGCUUGUCAUCCAUGGCCUCUCAUUGGCUCCUAAUCAAGGACUUGUAAAAUCUGUUACUCGAGAAGGAAACCCAGGGGAAUUACUUAGAGGUCCUUUAUAUUAUGUCCUGAUACUGAUAAUAUCUGCUCUCCUCUUCUGGCGUGAGUCACCUGUUGGGGUAAUCUCACUGGCAAUGAUGUGUGGUGGGGACGGUGUUGCUGACAUUAUGGGAAGAAGAUUUGGGACUGCAAGGAUUCCUUAUAAUCACAAGAAGAGCUGGGCUGGUAGCAUUUCCAUGUUUAUAUGUGGUUUCUCGAUUUCCAUUGGGAUGCUGUACUACUUCUCUGUUCUGGGAUAUUUCCAGUUGGAUUGGGCUCAGACGAUGAGCGCAGUUGCUCUAGUUUCUUUGGUGGCAACCGUAGUGGAGUCUCUCCCAACUGCAAAUGUAGUGGACGACAAUAUAUCUGUUCCUCUAGCAAGCAUGGUGGUGGCAUUCUUGAGCUUUCGAUAGCAGUUUGCUGAUGUUAAAACUCCACAUUUGUCAUGCUAUUUUGUUUCUUUUGUAGGGAGCAGUAAAAUUAAAAUGAAUGCAGGCUUCUUUUUUGAA